UCCUCCCUUCCCUUCUUGACCCCUCCCCCUCCCCUCUCCUCUCCUCCCCUCCCUAUCUUUCCCCUUUUCCUUCCCCCUUUCCCUUUUUCCUUUCUGCUCCUGAACCUGCCGCUCCGCCUGGGAACGGCGGGCGGGACCGAGUCCACCCGGACCCCACUGAGCCCCGGGGCCUGGUGUCUCAGUCCUUGGCGGUAGCGACAUGCGUCUCCUGUUUCUAGCGGUGCUGCGGCCACACACCGGCAACGCGAUCACCGCCGAGCGCCUGCGGGACCACCUAGAGGCUGCAGGCCACAUGUGCGUUCUGAGAGAUGCCUUUGACUUUGAAAGCCCAUCCGACAUUGCCGAUCUCAUCGCGGCCGAGAACCUGGAAGCAGCCCUCGCCCUUCACCUCUACCGAGGAGGCAGACUUCUGCAAGGUCACGGCAUUCCUUUUGGGGUCAUCUUUGGUGGAACUGAUUUAAAUGAAGAUGCCAAUCACAAAGAAAAAAAUGAAGUCAUGGGGAAGGUUCUGGAGGAAGCCAGGUUUGCCGUGGCUUUCACAGAGGCAAUGAAGGACACAGCGCAGAUGCAGUGGCCACAUGCUACUGGGAAGAUCUUUGUCCAGAGUCAAGGAAUUGCAACGAUACCAAAUGUCAACUUUAACUGGAACACCUUCCUCCAACAAUCAGAGAUUGACCAAAACGCAGACAACCUGUACGUGUUCCUGGUAAUAUGUGGACUCAGGCCUGUGAAGGACCCUCUGUACUUGGUAGACGCAUUCUCAGAAUGGCAUCAAGAAGAGCCCAAUGUUUACAUGAUGAUUGUAGGUCCUGAGGUGGAUCCAGCAUUUACAAGGGAAGUGAAAGACCGGGUGAGGAGGGCUGCAGGGGUGCGGCUGAUCCGGGAGAUGUGCCAGGAAGACCUGCAUGCGGUGGUGAAGAGCUGCUUCGCGCUGGUCAACAGCUCAGUCUCCGAGGGCAUGUCAGCCGCCAUCCUGGAGGCGAUGGAUUUGGAGGUUCCCGUGCUGGCUAGGAACAUCCCUGGGAACUCGGCUGUGGUAGAGCACGGAGUCACAGGACUGCUGUUUACAACCCCUCAGAGUGCCCAGCCCUCCAGGGUGAUUUCUGCCGUCGAGAAAUGGAGAUGAUUGGAUGCCCACUUGUGGGAUUUGGGCCUCUGCAUUAUGUGGUUCUCUAGCACCUGAGACAGUACCUGCCCCAAAGCCCUUGUUCCUUGAAAAGAAUGGUAAAACCAAAACCUGUACUCCCCCCAACACACAUCCUUGUCCCUGUGACAGCUACUUGUGGGAGCAUAGAGAGGCAUCUGGAGGGAAAGGACUGUAUUAGCUUCUUUUCGAUUGCGGUUGUAAAUGCCAUGGCCAAAAUCAACCUGGGGAGGAAAAGGUUUUAUGUGGCUUACACAUCCCAGUAACAGUCCAUCGUCGAUGGAAUUCAGAGCAGUAACUUACUCACGCAGGAGCAGAAACAGGAACCAUGGAGGAGCACUGCUUACUGGUUUGUUCCCGUGGUUUGCUCAGUCUG